AAAAAGAAAAAAAGAAAUCCAACGACCUUUGACCUGCGGCAGUCAAUUCUCCUCAUGUCGCUCCGCCCGUCCCCAACACCCCCCUCAAAAUCUCGCCAUGAGCUCGACCCACCUCGCCGGCGCCGACCUUGCUUCGGCCUCGGCGAUGGGCGGCCACACCGACCGAGUCUUCAGGGCGCUGGCGGUCGCCUCCCUCUACAUCCUCAUCCGCCGCUGGCGCGCCGGUGGGGUCGGCCUCGCCGAGCGGCCGGCGCCGGCGGAGAUCGCCGCCGCGGCUGCGCUCUGCACCUCCGUGGCGUGGCUGUACGUGCUCCCCGCCCUGGGCCUCCGCCGGAGCUCGGACCGACGUCGGCACCAAGAUUAGUUGACCAGAGCAGAGCAGAGAUUGUUGUUGCGUUGCUGGUAACCACCCCUCUUCUGUUUUGGAUGUAGUUCUUCUCCCAAUUGUGGCCUGAGGAAAUAUAAGUACGGAUCCGAAUAGUUCAAAGAUUAUCUAUCAUGAAACGAACAAGUAAGCAUAUGGAUCCAACUGUCCAAUCCAAGAUUAGUUGGAUCACAGCUGUUCCAUGAAAUGCUGGUUCAUAUAACAGUUAUAGGCUGGGGAGCCUUCCACCAGUGACUGGCCAAAGAGAAUUGGUUCAAGGACUAUUUGUGAAUCUGCCGGUUUUCUUCAAGUUAUUAUUCCUGGCUUGCAGUUCAAAAUCAAACUGUUUUGCCCCAUUAUAUUAC